CCAAAUUUCAGACCCAAAUUUGCGCCAACACAGAAAAAAAACAAAACCGAACAACAAUUUUGCACUUUGAACGACAAUUUUGAAGGAAGAAUGAUUGCACAUUAAGAAGAAGAACAUCAAAAAAAAAAAAUCUCCAAACAAAAUUGUCUGAAAGUGAUAUAAAAUAUGAGAAGCACCACUUUUGAUAAGAACUCUGGUGCUCCUGAAGAGCCGAGACGUCCGCGUGGACCGAGAACACCUGACGGAGAACCCACAGAAGCCAACGAAAGGCCGUGCUCGUCGAGCUCAUCACUGAGCAAUGAUUCGUUUGUUCCAGCACCACAAGGACCUCAGAACGGACACACGAGCAGCAGCCAUGACAAUGAUUAUAGUGAAUACCGCCCACGCCGUGGGCCUAAAACUCCGCCUCUUCCACCGCCGGAUGAGCCUGUAAAACAGCAGCAACAGCAGCAGCCAAUUGUUGCUCCAUAUUCCUAUUAUCCAACAUACGGCAGCUCUACAGGAUAUCCGUAUCCGUAUCCGACGAUGAUGAUGCCACAACAAGGAAUUCCUGGCCCUUCCCAACAUCCGGCGACACCAUCCUACUACAUCCAACAUCCACCACCACCAUCAAUGUCCAACGGCGCCCCAUACUAUCCACACAUGAAUCCAUCGCCGUACUAUCAACCUCGUCCGAACUAUGUCACUCAACCACCUGCACCCAUCAUUCCACCACCACAACCACCAGUGAUGACUGCCUCGGCGGCUGCGGCUGCCUACCGCGAUCGCCUACCUCCACCGCCUCCGAAGCCUCCGAUGCCUGAUCUAAGGACCAAAGAGCCAAUCGGAAUCCGUAGCUGGAAUGGAUCAGGCAUCCCACCUCCGCCGAUCCUUCCACCAGUUGCUUGUCUAUCGUCGACGAUGUCACCCGGGAUGCUGAGAUCCCCAGUGCCGAGAGAACGAUUCAAUAGUGUGGAGAGUAAUGGAUCUUUUAGCCUUCAUCCACCACCACCAGUGCCACCACCCGCGAAGAAGCCACUGAACAUGGAUGUUCGGGAGUUGCUCAACGGAGCUCAUCAGACAACUGUGGAGAGUGUGAAGAAGGAUCCACCAGCACCACAACCACGACCUCGUCCGAUUCCGGUUCCACCGACGACAUCGUACAACUCAUCGUUCUGCGGACUUCUUCCACCUCCACCAGUGCCACCAGAUCUUAGAGCAUCAGCAGCAUCAGCAGCAGCAUCGCCACCGAUGGUUCAGGAUGCAUCGUUCUCGUCGGUUCUGACGCCGAAGACGAAGGCUCCAGAGAAAAUCCCAAGCCCCCCGGCAACAGUGACGUCAUCCACGGACUCACUGGAGCAUAUGCAGAGGAAGAGAAAGAAGCAACAGGAGACUGAGGAACAGGAGAAGGCGGCGAAGAAGGCGAAAAGGCAUCAGGAGGAGCGGGAGAGGCAGAAGAUUGAGGCGGAGAAGAGGAAGAAGGCGAUACUCGAGGAGGCGGCGAAGGUGACGAGGCCUCCUGCCGAGAAGAAGCCGCCAGUCGUCGUGGAAGAGACCAUCAGAGCUGUGCCGUUUGUGUUCAAGCAGGAGAUGCCUCUGCCAUUUGUGCUGGCUGCUGCUGCUGCUGCGGCGAAGGAACCUGAAACAAGGCCUGAGCCAAGGCCCGAGCCCAAGCAGAAUGGAUAUCAUGUCAAGCAAGCCGAACCUCUGCAGGCCGAACCGCCGCAGAAUGGCUAUAGGCUAGCUGCUGCACAAGCUCUUCAGCACGAGCCGAGACAGGCUUCAGAGCCUCUGCAGAACGUUCAGCCAGAGCCGUCAAAGCAGGCUUCAGAGCUUGUACAGAAUGGUUAUGCUGCUCCGCAAGAGCCACGGCGUGCUACUCCACCGCCAGAACCUCUGCGGAACGAGCUUCCAAAGCAUUCAGAUCUUCUGAAUGUUUCGAAGCCCAGCGAGCCAGCUGAGCCGCCGAAGCCUUCGGAUGCCCCCAGGGAACCUGAGGUGGCAGCUGCUGAAGCAGUGAUACCUGAACCUUCACCGGCAGUUUCUGUGGAAGAACCACCCCGCCGGGAGGAACGUGCCGCAUCCAUGGCAGGCAUUCCACCACCACCUCCAACAUCAUCCCGCCACAGCCCUGUACCCCGCCGAGAGGAUCGAGCAGAAUUCAUGGCACGAUCCACACCACCAGCGCCAGGAAAAGACAGAAAAUCGCUGGGCGGUCGGAUGGCGAUGUGGCGAAACAAGAAGAAUAAGACGGCGAGCAUGGUGGGGCCUCCGGAGCCCAAGGAACUGCCAGCUGUGGUGGAAGUAGAAGCCAUAGUGGAACCUGUAGUGGAAGAUCAGCCAGAGCCAGUGGUGUCGGAGGAGCUGAAACCAACGGAGCCAGAACCAGUGGAGCCAGAACCUAUGGAAGUAGAGCCUGUUGUAGCAAAAGAAGUAGUAGAAGAAGUAGUAGAAGAAGUAGUGGAGACCCAGGAACCCUGGGUUCCACUGUCGGAAUGUUCUCGAUCAUCGUCAUUGGAGCUUCUAGCGGAGUUGCCGCCACCACCUCGAGCUUCAGAACCACCACCACCACCACCACCUCCAGUAGCAACAGCACCAGUACCAGCAUCAAUGGAAGAGGAUGAGAUUAUUGAUAUUGAGACGAUUGAUGAGAUUACGAGCACUUCCACAAAGAAGCCGGAAAAGGUGGAAAAGAUCAAGAAAGCUCCAGUAGUCACGAAGGCCGCCCUCAAAAUGGUCGGACGCCCCAAAAAGACGCCGGGACGUCGUCGCAAGAAGGAUCGCGGCGCCUCGCCGAGCCCAUCCCCAUCCCCACCACCACCGCCAGAGACAACACUGACUCCGAUUGUCCUGCCGAGAAAGAAGCAGCGCAUCGAGAAGAAGAAACUUACACCACCACCACCGCAGCAGGCGCCGGUCACCUCGCAUACCCCACCGCCUGUGGAGCAGUUGAUGUCGAGGAAGAAGCAGAUUAUGAUGGAGCACAGCUCGCUGGAUCAUAUUCAGUUUAAGCUCAUCGAGAUUGAGUUGGCGGCGAAGCGGCGCAAGGCGGAGGCAGCGGCGAAGGCCGCCGCCGCAGUCGAGCAGAAGGAUGAGAAGGCGGAGGAGGUGGAGAAUCGUGAGACACCUCCUGGGCCAUCGACUUCUAUGCGAAGUUCUUCGCUUCAUACACCGAAUACGUCGGAGGAGGAUGAGGUGAUCUUUGUGGAGCCAUCGACACUUGAGAAGCCUGAAAGAAGGAAUGGAACAACUGAAGAACGAGUAAUGACUGCUGAUCAGCGUGCGAUGUUUGAUGCGAAGAUCGAGGAGGCACGAAGAUCCCGAAUGAGCACCAGGGAUUGUUCGGUAGUAUCCACUCUAGGACCUGUGAAGAGUAAAGCGAGUCAGCGACUUCAUGACAUUAUUGAAGGAAAGGAAGAGCUCGAGGAUAGUAUGGAUGAUCCGACGAAUAACAAUGGAACACUUGCCGGAAUCCUUUACCCGAUGAGAUCGGAACGCGCGGAGUCGGUAUCGUCGAAUCAUAGAUCCGAAGGUGCAGGAGGAUCGAUGAGUCUGAAGCAUCAUCUGGCACGGAAGAAUGAGCUGAAGGAAGAGGCGAAUGUGGCGAGACGUUCCGAGAUUCUGAAGGCAGUUGUGAAGCGACAACGAGAGAUUGGAGUGCCGACGACACUGAUGUCGAAGAGUGCGAUCGAGUUGGUUGAGGAGGAUGAGAAGGAGCGGAAGAAUCAUAAGAAUAAUAAGACACUAUCGCAUCCGGACUAUGUUAGAUCGAAGAAUGAGGCGGAAAAAGCCGAGUUUCAUGGAAAGGGUGGAACGAUGAGGAUUACGAAUCGGAAUUUGAAGAUGCUUACUCGUCAAUUCGAUCUGCCGAAAAUGUCGUCGAGAUUCAGGAAGUUUGUGAGAAUACGCAGGCAUCCCAAUGGAAUGGCAACUAUCAUUUCGUGUGACUAUAAUCAAAUUAAGCAGCAUUUGGGACCAAAUGAGAUGAAACACUUUGAACGUCAAUUCGUGCGUCUCGGUUUCGCCGAAAACAAUGGAGUACCCCUAUUUGCCAUCGGAGUAAUGGAAAAUGCGGCAGAAGCGCUGCAUGAUCAAUUUGAAUGGCUCGCCAAGAACUCACCGAAUACACAGGUGAAAGUUGGAAGUCUGACAAAUAAGCAGUUUAUUGAGACAAUGCCAAUGAAGAAAUACUAUGAAUCUGCUAUGGAGACACUUGAUAUGGGCACUUUUAGAUUCGGACCACUAAUGUCACUAUCGAUGGUCGGUACGAAAAACGAAGAAGCCGGCGGAAAUUUCAAAGAAAUGCUCGACGCACUCAACGCUGCUCCAUUCCUCGGUCCAAUUAUGCCGUGGGGUGAUUUUUCGGAAGUUCAGGGUAUAAAAGAGGACACUUCGGACGAUGGACCAAUAUUCUGGGUUCGUCCCGGUGAACAAAUGGUACCGACGGACGGAAAGAAUCGGAGCACUGAGCCACGUCAUCCGCUGGCGACACGUGGCAACGAUCGACGUGAAACUGCAUUUAAUGAUCGAACAAAUGCGCACGCAGAUCAAGUGCGUGAAUCAACUGAAGAUGAUCCAACAACAACAACAACAACUACAACGACUACAAGUUCUUCUUCUUCUUCUUCAAAAUCGAAAAAAUCGGCGAAAUCCGAUCCGACAUUUGUUAAAUCAACGGCUGCUGUGGGUGUCCUACAGGGUAUCAGGAAUCCUGAUGCAAAUGACGAUGAUGAAUAUUAUGAGGAUGAACGAAAAGCUGUUAAAGAAGUUAUUGUAUUUGAUGCACAUGAUUUGCAUAAAGUUGCACAUCAUCUUGCAAUGGAUCUCUACGAACCGCCCGUUUCUCAGUGUCACAGAUGGGUCGACGAUGCGAUUUUGAACACGAUGCGACGAGAGGGUAUUCGAUAUGCAAAACUUGAACUCCACGAGAACGACAUGUACUUCCUGCCACGUAACGUAAUCCAUCAAUUCCGUACAGUUUCCGCGUGCAGUUCGGUAGCCUGGCACGUCCGUCUACGUCACUAUUACGAUGUAGAUCAACCGGCGUCGUUGUCGGAUCCUCAAUUCGAAUGCGAUUCGGAUUAUUCGGAUGAUGGAGAUUUUGAUGAUUAGAGAGCGAUUUUUUUGGAUUUUUUUUGGACCACAGUACAUAUAUAAAUAUCAUUUAAUUAAUAAUGUAAUAAUUAAGAAAAAAAAAAUUUUUUUUUUAAUUUUUAGAGGUCCAACUCCCCCCAUCCCCAAACCUAGUCAAUAAUUUCUACCUGUUAUUUGUUGUUUUUUUUUCAUUUUUUUUUCACAUUUUCUUCUUUUUCUCAUCAUAUUGUCAUUUGCAAAUCUUUCAUGGAUUCGAUUCCCCCCACCUGCAAAAAUACAGAAAAUCUCAUUUUUUUACCUCUUUCCCACUGAAAUUUGGGCAUUUCUCUUCUUUUUUUGUUGGAAAAAUUGGCUUUUUUUUCAAUCUUUUUUCAUGUUUUACUGAUCUCUGUCCCCCCGUCUUUAUGUCUGUUUUUGAUUUUUUUUUUCUGAAAAAUUUCAGAAAAUCCCAAAAGUUUUAUAACUUUUUUUUUUCGUUUUUGUCCCACUCUCCGUCUCGUUUUCCUUUGUAUGCCUAUUCGGAUUUUUCUUUCUUUUUUGUAUAAAAUGUAGACACAUUUUUCUUUGGAAUACAGAAAUAUUCACUAAAAUAA